GUGUGAACGACCAGCAAUAAACUCAUCACAGUUGAUCACAUCGCGGUGGAUCACUACAUCGUGACUGUUGUCUGUUCAAGAUCAAAUGUAGAAAUUUUACUUAAUCUUUAAUUAAAGGGCAGAUCGCAAGAUUAAUUACACAGUUUUGACGCCACACUUGAGUGUUGACAAUGGGUCUCAAGGAAGAAUGAAGAAAGCCAGCGGUUUCCCUGGGUUGAGUUGAAAGAUUUUGAGAAGCCGGAGGAGUGUGAUUGUGCGGCAGGAUUCAUUGUCAUGAGCGCAGGCAUGCAGAAACCACCGGUUGCCCCCAAACCAAAGACUGCCCAGCCACAGAGGCCAGGGCCCUCCCUCUCCUCGACCCCCAAACGAGAUGGCCUCUCUCAGGCUUCCCUCUGUACACCAAAGACGGUUAAACCAGCUCUGGCCCCUAAACCACCAUGCCUACCCAAACCAUGCCUACCCAAACCAUGCCUACCUGCCGCCGUGGAGUCCAAACCACCAUGCCUACCCAAACCAUGCCUCCCCUCCGCUAUGGAGUCUAAACCUCUUUCCUCAAAGACUGUGCAUCACCAUCAGACUUAUUCUCAGAGACCAUCAGAGAUGUCUACAAGUAUAGGUCUUCUGAAGUCCAGGAAUACAAUACCUGAUUGGGAUUAUAUUAUUCCUAUCUGUCUGUGUAGCCAGAAGAACUGUCUGUGUGUUGGGAACAGUAUCAGAACAGAUACAGUGAUUAACACAAUUCAUAAAGACUUGAAAACAUUGCAUAACAAUUGCAAAACGGAGGAAUCUAGAAUAAAACCUGUUCUCAGAUCUCAAUCUGGAGUGAACAAAGGGGUCAACAACAACAGUCUACCAGACAUUUGCGUACAGGUUGUGUUUCUGUCCACCAAUAACCACCUCUUAAACCCGAAACAGAACUUCAACUCAGACAUUGUGACGCCAUCAUCACGCCCUGACAUAAAGCGCCCUCUUCCUCAGAGAACGCAUAGCAAUGAAGCCAACGGUAACGUCGUCACCACCUCCUCCUCUAAUGCCAUUGGUCAUGGAGAACAGGAAGACCCCACCAGCUCCACAGGGAUUGGCAGAGACACUGGCACAUCAAAUCAGAACCCAGCUGCCCCUAGGAAGCCCCUCCCUGUCCCCGUACCACGGAAACCCAGGAAGUCUGCUCUGGUUGGACAGGAAGUCCCAGAGGAGGGGAGGCAAGGGAGGGAAACGACUGUCAAAAAGGUGUCACUGGAGAGGAAGAGCAGCCCAUCUCUGUCUGUCAACACACCUGCUUCUCGGGCACACAACAUCGCAGAAAGUCCUGCCAGUACAAAUGAUAGCUGGGAGGGUCUCCCAUCCUCCAGGACACCCAGCCCACCACCUGUUCCUGCUCCCCCUCCCAGAAAGGAAGCCUUUCUUUCUGAACCUGAGAGAGGAGCACUGACCUCCUCUCAGCACCUCCUCCCCACCUCCUCCCCUCUGCACCUCCUCCCCACCUCCUCCUCUGCCUCCUCCCCUCUGCACCUCCUCCCCACCUCCUCCUCUCAGCACCUCCUCCCCACCUCCUCCCCUCUGCACCUCCUCCCCUCCUCUUCCUGUCUACACCUCCCUCAGGAUGUAGAGGAGGAAGAGCUGAGAUGGGUGGAUGACGGUGUCUAUGAACUGGAGUGUUCAGUGGACAAGGAAGAGGAGGAGGAGGAAGGGAGGAAUGAAGAGGAGGAGAUCCAUGGUGAGAUUAGUUGUCAUCCUCUCUCAACCAGUCUUUCCAACCAGCUGGAGCUCAGCUCCAACUGCCACUUUCCCCUCACCUUAACAACCACUGGGAGUUACAAAGAAAACGCGAGUGCUCAAAACAAGAUGGCCAGCUUCCCCAAGAAACCGCAGAGACGCAGCUCCCCAGCAGCAUGGGUACUGAAGAAUGAACUGUCAGAAGAGAGAGAAGUGGAGGAACGAAAGACUUCCGAUUGUGACGAUGAUGGAGGUGCCCUCACCAAGGCCACGAAAGCUAUGAGAAAGCUCCCUGCAACCCCAGGAGAGGAUAAACCAAAACGGAACAGCAUCUUUCAGACGCUGGUGUCUCCUGUAUCCCGUAAGAGGAGCACAGACAACACACAGACAAAGGGCAGCUUGCCAACAGAUGAAACGCUGUCACCAUCCAAGCCCUUUUGCUCCGGCCUGGGGAAACUGAAGGCCAAGUCCUUCUCCUCUGCCGACCUGACCCCCUCUGAGGGACAGAAACGGAACUCUUUCCGGAGGCUUCUCGAUCUGAAACUCUCUGUCAAGAUGCUGCCCAAGCUGCUAGCCAAGGGAGGCCAGUCUCUAGACGGCACUGCAGCUGAGGCAGAACAAUAUGAGGAUGAUAUAUUCCAAGAGAGUGGCGUCUGUUUCCAGGAACUUGUGGGCAUUCGGAUGGGGGACGCCCACAACUUCUCCUGUCCCCAGCUGGGGGUGAUCAGGGUUGGGGCGGAGCAGAGCGUGGACGGAGAUGAGAUCCACUACCCCGGAGCGGAGCAGGCUGUGGAGUAUGAAAAUGUACCCUAUUACGAGGCGAUACCUGAGUAUUUUAACCAGCCUGUUGGACUAGGAUUACGGGGGAGUGAGCUGGGAGUGGGUACACCACCGGAGCAGUCGGAGUGCCACAACCACCUGUAUGAUGAUACCAAUAUCUACGAGGAACAGGAGCCAUACCAUCCCCUGAAGAGACGCAGUGAACAACAACUGAACCAGCACAGCAGCACUGAGAGGAGUUCUAUAGAUGAGGAUGUUGGCCUGCUAGAUGAAGGUCAGUCGGAUGAGGACGUCAUGGUUCAGAGUUCGAAUGAAGAGGAUGAUGAGAGUUCCUCCUCUAGCAAAGGAGAACCUGAGAAGCCUGAGGAGAGGGAGGCUGGCAGUGGUGCCAAGCGGAACAAGAUAGUCCACAUCGCCAGAGAGAUCAUGAGCUCCGAGAAUGUAUUUGUCAACGUCCUGAAGCUUCUCCAUAUCGACUUCCGUGAUGCGGUGGCGAAAGCUUCUCGUCCGAGUGGGAAGCCCAUUAUAGAGGAGGCUAUUCUGAACCAGAUCCUGUACUACCUGCCCCAGCUCUAUGAACUGAACCAGGACCUGCUCAGAGAGCUGGAGGACAGGGUCGCCCAGUGGGACAAACAUGGUCGACUAGCGGACAUCUUUGUGAAGAAAGGGCCUUAUCUGAAGAUGUAUUCCACAUACAUCAGAGAGUUUGACAAGAAUGUGGCCCUACUAGACGAGCAUAGCAGGAAGAAUCCAGCCUUCGCUGCAGUGGUGCGGGAAUUUGAGGCUGGUCCUCGCUGUGCCAGCCUGGCUCUGAGGCAUUACCUGCUGAAGCCUGUUCAGAGGAUCCCUCAAUAUCAGAUGCUGCUCACAGACUACCUGAAGAACCUGUCUCCAGACUCGGCGGAUUACAAAGACACACAAGCUGCUCUGGGCAUCGUGAAGGAGGUGGCCAACCAUGCCAAUGACAUCAUGAAACAGGGGGAUAACUUCCAGAAGCUGAUUCAGGUUCAGUGCCGUCUGAACGGACACCAUGAGAUUGUCCUGCCUGGGAGGGUGUUACUGAAAGAGGGUGUUCUGAUGAAGCUCUCCAGGAAGGUCAUGCAGCCCAGGAUGUUCUUCCUGUUCAACGACACAUUGCUGUACACCACACCUGUUCAAUCUGGCCAGUUCAAACUCAACAACAUGCUGUCUCUGACUGGGAUGAAGGUCAGCAAGCCAAGCCAAGAGGCCUUUCAGAAUGAGCUGACCAUUGAGAGUGUGGAACGCUCCUUCAUACUCUCUGGCAGUUCUGCUGUUGAGAGAGAUGAUUGGUUGGAGGCCAUCUCCACAGCGAUCAAUGACUACACCAGGAAGAAGAUUUCCUUCAUCUCCAGUAAGACUCUGGAGGAGACUGGGUCUGAGGACAGCGGCAGUGGGGCCCCCCUGGGUUCUAAGGCCCCUAUCUGGAUCCCAGACCCAAGGGCCACCAUGUGUAUGGUCUGUACCUGUGAGUUCACCCUCACCUGGAGACGACACCACUGCCGAGCCUGUGGAAAGGUGGUGUGCCAGUCCUGCUCCUCCAACAAACACUGUCUGGAGUAUCUGAAGAACCAGCUGGCCAGAGUGUGUGAUCAGUGCUUUAUUGUACUACAGCAGAGAAGUGAAAAGGACCUGUCUGCAACGCUCUCUCCUGGUGGAAAAUCCUCCUUUGCUUUCACCAGGAAAACGAAGAAGAUCCCUGCUGCCCUCAAGGAGGUGUCAGCAAACACAGACAACUCGUCUAUGAGUGGUUACCUGCAGAGGUCAAAGGGCAAUAAGAAGCAGGGGAAGAGGCUUUGGUUCGUCGUCAAGAACAAAGUCCUGUAUACGUACGCUGCCAGUGAGGACGUGGCAGCGUUAGAGAGUCAGCCAUUGCUGGGCUUCAUGUUGAAAGAGGAGGAAGAGGGGGCAGGACCUGCGGUUCAGAAACAGUUCAAGCUCUAUCACAAAAACACGCUGCAUUACAUUUUCAAGGCAGACGACAGCCAAACUGCCCAAAGAUGGAUAGAUGCGUUCAAGGAAGCCAUGGUGCUCUAACCAUCAUUCUCUGUGCCUGCAGUCGAUGAACUGUACCUAAGCAGUGACGUUAUGAAGGUGUGGCCGUGUCACUGUACGAUGAUGUGAAUUUUGUAAUUGUAUUGUAAUACAAUUAAUAUGUAUCUACUGAAAACCAAUAAGAGCACAGUGGAGGCAUUAAUUGCUGAUGCAAGCAUACCUAUAUCCCCAAUGAAGGAUUUCUAAGCAAAAAUGAAAUGCACAUUUUUAUUGUUGAUAUGAAGCAGAUUUUUGGGUGGGAUUAUGGCACAUAGAACACAGGUGGGUCGUUCCAUCAGUUAGGUCCCUUUUUGAGCAGUGUAACGUGGUGAAACAAAACGUUUUGAUUUCAUCUCAUUUCAACAUUUUAUCAUGAAGAGCACAUGUUCAACUUCAUAAAAAACAAAACAUUUUCCAUCUCAAGAGGUUGAAUAAAAAAUAUACUAUAGUAUAAGUGCAAAAUAAAGUAACAGGGUUGGCUGUAACAGGGUUGGCUGUAACAGGGUUGGCGAUUUCAUCUUUAAACAGCCAUAAAUCCCCUUGUGUGCCACAAGUUUGUUGUGUGCCACAAGGAUGAGCAAUUGAAAGUAAACUUCAGAUUUUUGUUUUAUUUUAUUGUUAAAACAUUUCUAGCCUGUCCAUCUAUGUGUAACAGGGUUGACAUGUUAUGUUCGACCCACUCACUUUUCCACUUAAAAACCCCAGAAAAUGGCCAAAAUGAGUAGAACCAGCUUACCUGCCUAUACACUAUGGUUUGAAUAUUAGAUAUUUAUUAAGGAAUAGUUUCACCAUAUUAAAAUGAGAGUUCAGCUCACAUAACAGGGUUGACAAAAUGAGGGACAGACGUAAAUGAAUCACUAAUCACAUUAAAUAAAUACAUUUUCAGAAAUGACUUUGUCAAAGUAACAAAAUAACUAGAGCUUUACAAUGAUGGUGAAAUCUUGGAUAAAUGUUGGGAUUAAAGUGUGUUAAAAUCUUCAUAGAUGGUCAUAGAUGGUCCACGGAGGAAUGUCAAAUUUCUGCAUUUUGGCACUUUAGCAAGUCUUUAUUUAUAUGAAAAAUAAGUUUUAUUAAAUUAUCCAUGUGCUAUAUAUUAAAGGGCACUUCAAUGUUUUAUUUUAAUUUAACUAAGCAAGUCAGUUAAGAACAAAUUCUUAUUCACAAUGACGGCCUACCCCGGCCAAACCCUAACCAGGAUGAUGCUGGGCCAAUUGUGCCGCCCUAUGGGACUCCCAAUCGCUUCUGGUUGUGAUACAGCUUGGAAUCGAACCAGGGUCUGUCGUGACGCCUCUAGCACUGAGAUGCAGUGCCUUAGACCGCUGCGCCACUCGGGAGCCCAAAUUAAUAUAACAGGCUUUUUAAAAUGCAAUAUUUGGGCACAAUUUCUACUUAAAAUGUCAGAGACGCAAAAGGCACUUAUUUCGUGGAACAACCCAGGUGCUAAAGUCACGAUACAUGGUUGAAGACCAUAUUUGGCCUUAUUUUACCAAUUCAAAUGCCGUCAGCCCUGGAGGCUUGUACAUAAGAGCUGUAGAGUUUUGUUACAGACAUGUCAUUGUAUCAUUACUGGUGACAUCUGCAUUUUUAGUAUUUGCCGUGAAGGUUGAUUUGAAUGUCUUAUUUUAAUGGAUUAUGCAGAACAGUCAAAUAAAUGUGUGGUUUUAUCACAGGACUUGUUCUAUGGAAUGUUGUUGAUACAUAAGACCUCUUUUCAUCAUGCCAUUGCAGUUAUGUCAUCAGGGGGAAACACAACAUGAAGCAUAAUUCACACCACUACAGCUUUAUCUCAGACAGUGCAUUUAGUAGUACAAACAUGUCUGUUUGUUUACGCCACCAGAAAAACAUUCAUGCAUUUGUGUGGGGUGGGGGGUGGGGGGAAUUCACUCAUGAACACAUGGGCCUUUGCACUUGUUCUGUGGAAUGAAUAAAUCAAAUCCCAACAGUUUACCUCUCAAUAUUCCUUUAUUAGGCACUAGAACACUCGAUCCUAGUUAUUAAACUCAAAAAUGUUGCUAUCAUGGAUACUGAUUUUAAAUAGAAUUUUAAAUCAAGUUUACAUGUAUUUUAUAUUUACUGGUCUGAUUACCCUGGUCUGAGUACCCUUUUCUGCACUAUGUGCCUAUUUUAAUAAACACUUGUCGUA